AUGUGCUUUGGUUCUUACGCCUCCCCAUACUUAAGCAACAAGUUGGCCAAGACCAAACCACUUGGUGAGAGAGCCCAUGCUCCAUUUGUCGAUCUACCAAAAAGUUUCGGGUGCUUGCAAGUACGGGUUGGCAAGGCUUCCGAGACGCUUAGCGACAGAUUCAGGGAUCCAUGUCAGUGGAAAGAGUUCCCGUACCUUGUCACGGAAGACGGUACUUUGCAGAUCGAGACAGAUGAGGAUAAUUCAAAUUGA